AUGGAGCAGGAGGAAGGCAGCCAGCAGCAUGCCGCCGCCGCGGCGGAGGACGCGUCGGGGCGCUUUGGCAUCCGCUUCGCCGGCGGCCAGUGGGUCACCAGCGGGCACAGCCAGCAGCUCGCCAUGCCGCAGAUGCAGCACGUGCCCGAGUUUGGCGUCACCAUCCCCGCCAACCCUUUCCUGGAGCGGGCAGACACAAUGGAGGCGUUCAGCAAGAGCGCGACGCUCGACCCGUCGCCCACCACCGGCCAGCUUGCCGCGCCGGCGGAGAAGGAGAAGGAGCGCCAGCACAGCGCUUGGCGCAUGAGCGGCAUCGCAAUCGGGGACCUGUUUCAAAUCACGGCGGACCCCAAGGUACAGAAGCGGGUGAUGAAGGCGGACUCGAACAACGACGGCCGCAUCAGCCGCAAGGACAUCCUCAAGGUCAUGCAGAGCGAGGCCUCAGCCAAGCACAAGCUGAAGUGGGGCCUGAUCAUCGGCGGCACGCUGCUGGUGUUCUGCCUGCUGAUGCUGGCAGCCAACGCCGCUCUUACAUACGUGGUUGUCAGCAUGAGCAAGGAUACCAGCGUGCAGACCAGCGGCGUGAUGACCGACAAGAGCGGCACCACCGUCGUGGGCACGGCACAGGCGGCGGAGACAGCAGAUCUGCUGUAUGCCUACCACACACCCGCCGAUGCCGCCGCAUCGCUGCUCAGCCUGAAGCAGUUGCUGGUAACGGCAGACAGCGGCACAAUGUCAGCCUACCAAGUGCUGUCCGCCACUCUGGUUGCUGGCAAGCGGCUGGACUUUGUGGUGGCGGCACCCACGCAAGAUGCCAGCGGCAAUGGCCCUGUUGCCGAGAUGAUCCGAAUCGUGAUCAGCGAGGAAGGGGUGCAUGAGGUUCGCAGCGGCAGCAUCGAGCAGGCCAGCGGCGGCGGGCGGCGGCUGCUGGUGACCCCCAGCAAUAGCAAGGCCAGCGUGACGGGCCUGGUGACCAACACGGCAACCAGCACCUGCUCAGCCACCUCCGGCGGCACCUGCUCCAAGGCAGCCACACAGAUGAGCUGCCCUCCAGUCCCCGUCUGCGGCAUGGAUGGCAAGUACUACGCUACGCGGUGCUUGGCCGCGAAGGCGGGCACCACCGUCAAGUGCAUGAGCUGCGGCACCAACUGCGCGGCUCCCAACCCGCGGCCAGCUGGCAUGCCAGACAACCUGUCCUCCUAUGAUGGACCCAACUAUGUGCGGACGAGCCCGCCGCCCCCGGCCGGCGGCUCGGCGGCUGCCACCGCCGCGGGCGGCCUCGCCCGUCCCGGCGGCUUGCCCGCCAACCUCGGCUCGCAUGGGCAGGAUUAUGUCAGGACGCGGCCGCCGCCCCCUUCGCCCACCGCCAAGAACACCAAGCCCGCCUCAGUCAAGAAGCCCAAGUGA